UAGACUUCGACUAAGUAUUUCGGGUGCCCGAAAGAACGGAAGGCGCUCCUGCGAAACCCACGUGUCGUCGCCAAAUCAGGAAAUUAUCCCAAAGAGGCAAGUUGUUCACGAGGGUUGAGUUUCUGUAUCCCGUAGAGAUCAAGCGGUGAGUCAAUUGUGCCCAUAUCAAGAUGCUGAGAGUCUUUGACGCUGCCAAAUCUUGGUGUUGAGGCAGGGUUUAACUUGGCGGACUUAUGACAUCAUUGACCAGGCUCAGACGAUUGCCACUCUACUCAGCCAAAAGAUGAGUGACACGUACAAAAGAAAAGUAGCUGUUCCAAGGAAACCCUUGACAUUCUCAAACGCAUCCUAGAACCUUAAAAGAUAUGUUUCAAACCUGAUUUUACAUUUGUGGUCGCGUAUUAAAUACGGCCUCAUUUGGUUGAGGGUUUCACGACAUACCCGACUUUAUUAUACCCAAAAUGCGCCAAUCAACUUUUUAUCCAUUUUUAUGCCUCUGGGGGCUUGCUGAGAGCAUUGACCUCUCAUCAAAACGUGGACUUGCAUAUCAUGGAGAUGACCACAAAUCAGAUAAUGAGCUGCUGAUCUCGAAUAACUCUGAGAUCGCAUGGUACUACACUUGGUCGCUCUGGCCAAACGGCCAAAUCGGAAGUUCUUUACCUUUCGUGCCAUUAAUUCACGGCCUCGAUGAUGUAUCAGAUUCUGAGCUGGAGUCGCGACUAAAUGGCCUCCCUGAAUCAUCGACGCAUCUUCUUACGUUCAACGAGCCGGAUGGUGAAACAGACACUGGCGGAAGCGCAAUAUCUGCCAAAGAUGCAGCCCGCGCUUACAUGGAGCACAUCGUUCCACUAAGAAAAGCAAAGCGCAAGUGGUCAAUUAGCCAUCCCAGCGUCACUGGCUCACCACGCGGGCUGGAAUGGCUACGCGACUUUAACGAAUCCUGCUACGACAUUGACGACGAUGGCUGUCCGACAGAUUUCGUCGCUGUGCAUUGGUACGGCGACGCAGGUGGUCUUAAAAAUUGGCUCGGAAGUUUGCGCGAGUUUUACAAUGAGACGGCACCUGACGCACGGUUCUGGAUCACAGAAAUGGCUCUCCCACAACAGGAUGACGAUGCGACGUUGGCUAUGAUGAAUGAGAGUCUUCUGUAUCUUGACGAUAAUGAGGAUGUUCAGGCUUAUGCGUGGUUUGGCGCCUUCAGAAAGGAUGAUGCGAACGAGUGGACUGGGGACAAUGUGUCGCUGUUUGAUGAUGAUGGAGGUUUGACUAAGCUGGGUGCGGAGUAUUUGGGUGGGGAAGAGAAGGGUUUUGAGGAGGGAAUGUCGGCGGGAAGCUUACAAGCACCUUCGAUAGGUAUCAUGCUGGCCAUGAUUCUUAUCUCGCUAGCUUAUUUUGAUACCAUUUAUGAAUUUGCAUGGAGUAUGAUGACAGACAACCUAUGUUAA